CAGCUCCUGAAUCCCUCAACUCCUGCCUCCUCCAGGAUCCCUGCCUGGAUGUCAAGCGGAUGCCUCCGGGCCCCUCGGCGAACUCGGUGGAAACCAUGGCUUCUUUGAUGCCUCUUUCCCCAUAUCUGAGUCCCACGGUCCUCCUGCUGGUCAGCUGCGACCUGGGCUUUGUGCGAGCAGACCGACCUCCCUCUCCUGUGAAUGUGACGGUCACUCACCUCAGAGCCAACUCGGCCACUGUGUCCUGGGACGUCCCAGAAGGCAACACCGUCAUUGGCUACUCCAUUUCCCAGCAACGACAGAAUGGCCCUGGGCAGCGUGUGAUCAGAGAGGUGAACACCACCACCAGGGCCUGUGCUCUUUGGGGCCUGGCUGAAGACAGUGAUUACACGGUGCAGGUCAGAAGCAUCGGUCUCCGGGGAGAGAGUCCCCCUGGGCCCCGUGUGCACUUCCGUACUCUCAAGGGUUCUGACAGGUUGCCCUCCAACAGCUCCAGCCCAGGUGACAUUACAGUGGAGGGUCUGGAUGGAGAGCGGCCGUUGCAGACAGGGGAAGUGGUCAUCAUUGUGGUGGUGUUGCUCAUGUGGGCUGCUGUGAUUGGGCUAUUCUGCCGGCAGUAUGACAUCAUCAAGGACAAUGACUCCAACAACAACCCCAAGGAGAAGGGGAAGGGUCCUGAACAGAGUCCUCAGGGAAGGCCAGUGGGGACAAGACAGAAAAAGUCUCCAUCCAUCAACACCAUCGACGUUUGAGUGAACUGAAUGAAUGAAGAAACAGAACUAGAAGAGAGACGCUCUAAUAAUGUGGGGGUAGGGUGGGAUCAGGGAAAGCCUAAGCUGAUGAUCUGCUUGAGACUCCCACAAGGCAAUGCACUCCCAGAAUCCCAGGCUGGUACCCAUCCUCUUUCCACUGUGAGCAGGGCCAGAAGGUAGGUCUGUUAGAAUCUGUACCCCUGGACCUGGGAGUGGACAUCAAAUGGAACAUCUCCUAUCCCCCAGGUCCAGGGGAGACUCAUUUAUUCAAUCUAUCCCACUAGGUCCCAAAUAGGGGCCCCAUCUCACCUGCAUCAGGACUAUUGGCAUCCACUAGCUGCCCCUGCAGCUUGCCUCUGGGCCUCCGAGAAAGGUGUUUCUGUCUGUAUUGCCCUCCUCUGGGGUGUAAGAGGAACCAUCGGGGCCUAGAGGCAGAUGCCACACUGCACUACUCCAAUGUCUUCCAUGGAGCCUCAGGUGCUCCCCCCUCACCUGGCAGCCCCUUCAGCUGCUGGUGAUCUCACCCCUGGGACAUUUUUUCAAUAAAGGUUCUUGGACAAACCGGAACUGACUGUAUGGUAUGCUGAAGACAUCUCUACACCAUGUCAGCUCUCCAAGGGCCCCUCAUGCCACCACCAACUUAAAGGAACAGACUCUGUGUAAGAUGUUUGUGUCCAUGUUUUCAUCUAAGAUGGUGGAGAAAACACAGGAAGGAAAGGGUACAGAAAGCCAGAAGCCUCCUUUCUUUGGCUUUGUUGAAUGGGGGUGGGGAGUGUGAGAAGGCACAGAAGUUUUUGCACCAAUGGAAACCAGGCCAUGUCACAUAAAAGGGCCAGUAGAUUUUUUUAUCUUUGUCCAGGACCUUGUGCAUACUAGGCAAAUGCUCUACCACUGAGUUAUAUAACUAACCCCCUCCCCAUUCUUACCAUUCACUCUGGGAAAAUGGUCAGAAGGACGGAGCAGUGUCUUGGGAGCUAACAAAAGAGUGGCUGUCACGGAUGUGUCCCUUGGUGCCAUGUAUCCUCACCCUGUGCACACCAGUGCCUCUUCUUUGUUUUCUCUUUCAUCUGUCUCUGUUCAUUCAACGUUAUAAUAAUUGUAAUCUACAAAGGAGUUUAUAUUUAUACUCUGUAACAUAUUCAGAGGAUUCUAGAAAUAAAACAAAGGGGUUUGGAUGCCCCUGUAGAAAAAAAUA